GCGAGUAUGUAAGUCCAAUCGUUAGGGUUUAUAACUUAUAACCCAUAUAUAUAUAUCAUCCCUUCAUAUUCCAAACACGACUCUGCUUCUCAGCCGCACAUACUGAGCUCCGAGACCGAGAAGGAACGGAAAAAUGCCAAAGCAAAUACAUGAAAUCAAGGAUUUCCUUCUUACAGCAAGAAGAAAGGAUGCUCGUUCUGUCAAGAUCAAGAGAAGCAAAGAUGUGGUGAAGUUCAAGGUUCGCUGCUCCAAAUAUCUUUACACACUUUGUGUGUUCGACUCUGAGAAGGCUGACAAGUUGAAGCAAUCUCUUCCCCCAGGUUUGACUGUACAAGACCUGUGAAGAAACAUAAAGACUAAAGUUUUUGGCCUUAUGAGAAAUGAAGGGAUCCAAGUCUUUUGCCUUUUUUCUAUUGUCUUUUGGGUAAUGUUAUCAAUUUCGUUGACUGUUGAAGUAGUUAUGCUGUUUGCCCAACGUUUGCUUAUGGACUCCAUAUGAACUGGUAGACAUGAGCUGUUGAGUUUGUUAUGAAUUUUGAUAAUACUUUCAACUUGAGCACUUGGUAUUAUGAUCGUUAUUACCUGAUUCUAUUUCUGGAUGAGAAACUAUAAUUGCAAAUUAGUAGUUGAUAUUUGCUUA